AUGGCUGUCUUUGUGUUGUCCUUCCAGCAGGCCAAUGAAGCCCUGCAUCACCAGCACCAGGUGGCCCAGAACAGCUUGCUGCCUCUCCUCCAGUCAGGAGGACCUGAACCUGUGGACCAGAAGCCUGUGAUGCCCAUCCUCCUGGACCAGAAGCCCCCGGUCAGCGUCGCUGAGCUCCUCAAGGACAAUGUGGCCAGUGGGACGGGAGGAGGAGGAGGAGGCGGCGGUGGUCCCGUUGCUGUGGUGAAGAAAGAGCCCAAGUCCAAAACGCCUUUCAUCUGCGGCUACUGCAACAAGGCCUUCCGGGACAGUUACCAUCUCAGACGGCAUGAGUCCUGCCACACGGGCGUCAAGAUGGUGUCUCGUCCCAAGAAGACACAGACGGCGCCCACCAUGGUGCCCAUGAUCUCCACCGUGCCGCAGCGUGAGAACAGCGGCGGCCAGCCCUCUUACAUCUCCACCAUCGCUGGCAUCCUCACCACGGCAACCACCUCGGCCUCCACGGGCUCCAGCAUCAUGUCUCCCACAAUGGUGCCCCAGCAUCAGCAGCAUCAACAACAGCAUCAUCAUCAGCAGCAGCAGAGCCAGCCCAAGAAGCCUGCCAAGCCUGUGAAGAAGAACCACGGCUGUGAGAUGUGUGGCAAGGCCUUCCGUGACGUCUACCACCUGAACCGUCACAAGCUGUCCCACUCAGACGAGAAGCCCUUCGAGUGCCCCAUCUGCCAGCAGCGCUUUAAGAGAAAGGACCGCAUGACCUACCACGUGCGCUCGCACGACGGGGGCGUUCACAAACCUUACAUCUGCUCUGUCUGUGGGAAGGGCUUCUCCAGGUGCGUGACGCAGUUCAACUUACUCAAGUUUCCCUUUUCCAGUCCACUUGUCCAAAAUGUUGAGUAGUCCAGAAUGUUAUUGUCCAUAGUACAUGAUAUUGUAAUUGUCAAUGCAUUCUGAGAGAGAAUUUAUUAUGUGUAAAGUUGUUUGGAAUUUCACAUUUCUUACAGUUAUCAUGGCAGUGUGAAGGGGAACCCCUUUUCACUGCUUCCAUUUCAAUGGGCCCCAAAUAUAUUUCCUGAUUGUGGGGGGAAAGCAAGAGGGGGGGCAAUAUUACAACUUUCCAAAAGUCGUCUUUAUUCAGAAUCUGAUACAGUUAUGUACAGGAUACGACUAUGUUGUAGAAGAAGAAGAAGCCUAACUGACAGUAAAAAAAAAAAAGCAUAAAGUGCUACGAGGGCAGAUUGUUUUGUGGGGCUGCACCUGCUGAAGACUGUCAGAUGCAGCCCUAGAUGAAUAUGAUCUGGAUGAUGGCAUACAAGUCCAUGGUGGGCUUGGUUGGGUAAAAACAUUCCACUUGAAAUUGAUAUUCAGUGCAGUAGCCAAAAAAUGUGAAGGUGUGAUGAAUUGUAAUUUUGGAAAUCCCCACGUGUUGGAAUGUAAUUGAGUUGAAUUGGACUGGUUAAUCAGUCUCAAUUGAUAAGAAGUUAGGAACAAUGCUUUGCAUACUAGUAUGUUUCCACUAUGAUGCUUUAAUAAACAUAGCCAGAAGGUAUAUUAUGUACAAUUUCCACUUUGAAUGAAAUUCCCCAAGCAAAGAACAAAGGGUGGAGUAUAAUUUAAAUGCCUAAAAUCCCAUACCCACGCAGCUUCUGUUCAGACCCUAGUACUGGCUCAUGACAUGCAAGCAGUGCCCCACCAUGUAUAUAAACAGUAUCUGGAGCUUUGCGUGCGUCACAUAGUAGUCCCUCGUGUCCCCCCUCUCAGGGAUGUCAGCACGGGACAGGGAGACGGCUGCAGGGGCCAGACAGCACCAGAAGAGAUGGUCCUGGGUCUCCAGUGUCACUCCUGCAGCUCCCAAGGCCAAUGGUAGUGUUCUGACUCACUGACUGGUCUGAUUUCUAAUCAUUGAUUUAGCUCCCCUCCCUUUUGUUAUUUGUAAUGUUGGAGAGUACAUGUCUCUUCACCCCAACCCCUUCAGACAUCAUAAAGUUGUCAGUAAAUAGGGCGGUGUGUUUCUGAGCUAAAUUAUUAGCAACUAGCGAAGUGAAGGAUAUUGUAUCAUAACUACAGUGACUUGGUAACAAAUCGUACUCUUGUGCGGCUAGAGGUGCAUGUUCAUUUUCACGCUUAGCAGUCCUGAAAAAGGCCAUUCCCCUCUUCUUAAACGAAGGAGUGUUGUGUGGGAGAGGAGGGGAGAUAUGAGCUUUUCAGCUCCACUGCACUCCUGAGGAGAUGGGAUUGGACUCCUGCUCGCCAUCACGAAAAGCUUGCUAGUGAGAAACGGCCUCCUUAGAGACAUUUUCAAGCCACCCUCUCCUCCUUUGUUGGAGGGGAAUUCUCUGGUUGUGUUUAUCCAGUAGCAACAUUUCACUAGUACGGCUUAGUGAGGGCAGAGGAGGAGAACUGAGAGACAGACAGCUGUGGUUGCCAGAUAAUUCUGUCAUGUUGUAGAAUAGAGUUCUAGCUAGAUUUUUGAAAUGUGUCAAUUUAUUUGGUGUGGCUCAAUUUAAUAACUCUCUGGUCUUGUUGCAAGAACAUAGAUGAUUACUUUGGGAGAAGGAAUGCGUUUGGGAGGGUGUAGUAGAGGAUUGAUGCGCUAAUAGCUUGUGUCCCAUGGGUCAAAUAUGGCCCGCCAUGAGACUAACAUUCAUUACAUAAAUAAAACAUCCACAGUAAUAGCCUUCAAUAUAAUUAGCAUCAUUUAACUAUUAAGAUAUGACAGUGGGUUCGGAGAGAAUUUGUCAUUUGCCUGCGACCUUUUGUUGGCCCAUUUUGUUAAUUGAAUCGUGUGUCAAACGGUAUAGUAGUGUGUGUGCAGCUACUGUCAGUGUAUGGAGUGAAUGAUAAAACUACCUGUAUUGUAGCUACUAUACCAGGUUUUAAAAUGCCUGUGUUGUUCUGUGUGUCCUCUCUCCCCCUGCAGGCCUGACCAUCUAAGCUGUCACGUGAAGCAUGUUCAUUCCUCAGAGAGACCCUUCAAAUGCCAAGUAACGGUAAGAAGCCAGGCAUCCUCCUCCGGGACUCCACCCUCCCUGUUUAUGUUCACACUCCUAUCCCACACAUUCACUCCUGGUUUGUUGGAUUAAGGAUGAGAUUAUUACGCUAUCUCCCAAUUGUAAAAUAGUAUAAAAUAUUUAAUCUCUCAUGAGUCUUCAAGAUGCAGACAUGUCUACAGUGUACACCUUCAAGACAGAUUGAGUGAGAUUGUAUCUCCUCUAAUAUCCUCCUCAUUGUCCCUGUAUACCUCCCCAGGCCUGUACCUCUGCUUUCGCCACCAAAGACCGCCUGCGCUCCCACAUGAUCCGACACGAGGGCAAGGUGACCUGCAACAUCUGUGGCAAGAUGCUGAGCGCCGCCUACAUUACCAGCCACCUGAAGACCCACGGCCAAGCCAGCUUCAACAACCCCUGUAAUAAAGGUACGCCACUCUCUCCUCCUCCUCCAUCCCUCCCACUCUCCCAUCAGCCACACCUAUCCUGGGGUCCUCCAGACCUAGGUAUUCAAUCGUAUUUGUUUUCUUAAAAUGACUUUAGGUACUUAUUCCAAUUUGGAAGUCGCUCUGGAUAAGAGCGUCUGCUAAAUGACUUAAAUGUAUUCCGUCCCUGUCUUUACGCUGAAAGCACCCCAGGCAUUGUUGUUUUGUGGUCUACUAUACGCGAAAGGCAUGCUCCAAGCACGUUGUCAGGUUUGUCGUCAUGGGUGUGUUCAUUCCGAAGAUUCUGUUGCUAAACGGUUCUUAAAUGGAAGCAAGCUGAAUUAAAUGUGGAGGGACCUACCUGAAUUUGUCCAAUAGAAACUCUCGUUUUGAUCUCUUUGGUUCUUAAAUGUCUAAUGGUUUCCGUAAUGAAUACACCCCAGGUUUCUGUAGUUGUCAGAGUUAAGAUUUUUCUCCAGUCACGAAAUCAUAAGAGUGGAGAGUGACCCAUGUCCGGCUGUAUUUGAUUCCAGUAUAUUUGGGUCAGGAUAAAGAAUGUUUAGGAAUAUGCCUUCUUUAUAUUGGCCUUUUUCAUGGACAUUCAUCUCCUUCUGUGCAGCACCACAACAAACUGACUUACAGAUUCAAAUGUACUACACAACAGUCGACAACUGACAAGGACAGUGUCUUUACCACUCAUUGAUGGAUUCAUAUCAUGAUAAUGUCAGUUUUCUGGGGCCCACCCGCAGGCCAGCCCGGUCUGGUUUGCCAGUUGUUUACAUGUGUGGUGGGGUUGACAAGUAUCUCUGCUGACAGAAAUGGAUAGCCUGUAGCAAGAAAUCUGUUAUGAGAUGGUCUAAAUUUAAAGGGCUUUGCGCGUUCAAUUAAUUUGACGCACAUAGCAAACUAGUACAGCAAUAUAAGUCAUUCAAAUGCAAUAUGUGACCCGACCAAAUAAAUAAUGUAUAUCCUCUCAUUAAGUGUUGAUGGGUCUGUGUGUGCAGUUUUCAGACUGUGGGUAUCUUGUUUGUCUGUCAGCUGUUGAAAUUGAGGUUUAUGAUGUCUGCUCUCUUGUUGGUUUGUCAAACUUCCACUCACUUAUGGGUGUUAAAGUCCAGUUUGGAAGAAUAACAUCACUCUGACGCAUGUUUCAUAGGAUUGAUCAUUCUAAAAUAGCAAGGGCUAUUGUUCAGCAAACCCUAGUCAUUUUACACAAUGGGUAUGCAUACAUUAUACAACAAAUCUAAUUUUUGUCCCCACCAGCUACGACGCGCUAUAAACAUUGUAGUACUUGGUAUAUGAUUGGCUGUUCGUGUAUCUAACCCAAUGACCUGUGCCCCCCUCACCCCUAUGCCCUGCUGCAACCCCUGGCACGCAGGCCCGAAUGAUGCCCUAUCCCAAUCAGUCCUGUCAAUAAAUGUAACCCCUAUCUGUCUGUAUCUCUGAAUAGGGCUAAGUGACUGGCAGUGGAACCACCACUCAGGGAUACGAAAAGGUAAUCUAGUAAUUCAAGCUGAAACCCAUCCCGAUCCCAACCCCUCCAAAUUUGUAGCUGUAUACUUACUUAUGCAUUGAAGUGGCCCAUUUUCCACUACAGAUCUGUCUUCUAGCCUAGCUUGUGUAGUGGUAUUCCAACCAAGUCGUUGCAGAUGUUUUUGUGUGUUAUGGUUAUUCAGGUAUCAGGGUUUUAUUUCAUUAAGCCGGAUCAAUAAGUUAGCUAGCCAAAUAACUUUGAUAAACCUUAAAUUACAACUCAGAAGGUUUAAGUGGAAUAUGGGUUGUUGAAGGUAUUGAGUUAAUUAUACCAUACCAUUUCAAGUUGACUAUAGUAUGAAAUAAAGUGUUUCUGAAUAUUAGCUGAAAGUUAGCUGGCUAGCACAUUGAUCCUGCUUUUUGAAUUGCCCCCUCAGGUGAGUUGACGGUAGGAGAGAUCUUAAAUAACUCGUUCCAAGUCCUUAUGGACAUCUCUCGUUUUCAAGGUAGGUUCAUAAGAAUCCUACCAUUGUUUUAUCAUGUCUAAUCAUUUUAAUGUGUGUGUGUGUUGCAGUGAAUCAAACCUCUGCCCCUCUAACCCUGUGGAGCUUGGGGUUGUCCUAAAUGGUUUGUAAGGAACGAUCAUCCAGCUCAUUCUGUCUUUAUUUGGCUCCUUCCCUCCCUCUCGUCUUUCCUCAGACUCUAACAACGUGCACAACUCUGGCUCGGCGACGCCCGUCACCAACUCUGCCGCCAUCACCUCGGCGAUGAACCGCGGCAACGCCAGCAACCCGGUAACCAUCGCCGCCCAGAUGAACAUCACCACCAGCACGGUCAACAUCACCUCUCCAAUCAACCUGCAGCACCCAGUGACCAUCACCGGGCCCAUGAAUAUAGCCCACCCUGUGGCCAUCACCUCUGGGAUGCCCAUGAAUAUAACCGGGCCGCUCAACAUCGCCAUGCGGCCCAUGGAUAGCAUGCCUUUUCUCUCCCAGGUCCUGCCUUCCUCCCCUCCCUGGUAGUAACCCCUUCCCUGGCCCCUGGUUAGCAUCUCUUUAUCAACCCCUCCCACCUCUCUCCUUCUACCCCCAAACCUCCUCUUCCUCCCUUACUUUAGCAGACCUUCCUCCUUACCAGGAGUACUAUAGAUGAUGUUGUAGAGCUGAGGUGUAGUAUGGGGGGCUAGCUGGACGCUGUACCCGUCUGUCUGCAGCAUGAUGAGAGGUGGACUGCCAGCCCCUGUAGAUGCGGCCAGCCCCUGUAGAUGCGGGUGCAUUUGAUUUUCCUUUUAACCGCCGGUAGGAGGACAGUCCUGGAAGUCAUGUGAAGUCUCAAAAGGAGGAAUGGAGCUUUUGAAUGAUGCACCAAGUGGAUGCCUGACGUAAACAAACUACGAGUUAUGCCUCGCCUCUUGCGUCAGAACAUACCUGCACAUUUGGCAUUGGAAUGAAACUGUAACAGAAAUGUAUUGCUGGUAUUAAUGUUUUUAAAUGCUUUCUUACAGAGCAGAUGGUUUUUAUAUUUGUUUUCCUUUGUUAUUAUUAUUAUAGCCUGCUAAUCAGUAUUUAA